AUGGAAAAGCAUGGCGUGAAGGCCCCCUUGUGGAAGAAGGAACUGGAGGAGCCCGGGGCCGAGGAGGCGGAACAGGAGAACGCAGAGCAGGAGGCGGAGGACGAGGACCAGGACGAGGAGAGGCCGCGCGAGGAGAGCGCGGGCGGGGACGCGGAGCAGCGCCCCGAGGCGGAGGGGGACGAGGGCGGGCGCUCAGUGAGCUACAGCCCGCUGCGCCAGGAGUCCAGCACCCAGCAGGUGGCGCCGCUGCGGCGCGCAGACAGCAGCUUCUGGGCCUGGUUCAGCCCCUUCGCACUGCUGGGCGGUCUGACUGCGCCCGCUGACAGGAAGCGGAUCCUCCCGGAGGAGCCGUGCGUGCUGGAGACCCGGCGGCGACCGUCGCGUGGUGGGGUCUGUCCGCGCUGCGAGAUCCUUUUUUGCAAAAAAUGCAAGACCCUGCACAGCGACCCGGCCUACGUGGCGCACUGCGUUCUGGAUCACCCGGAUCUGGGUCCUUCUGGUCCAGUGGACAGGAGCAUCGCCUAGAGAAAAGGACCUCCGGGUUCCUUCAUCCCUCUGAGAAACUUGCCCUCUUUUCCCUGAAAUCAUUCAAUAAAGCCUCCAAUUUAAGUGUCAGUGCCUCGAGGUGGCGGCAAGGUGGCGCCAAGUGGGGAUGGUGAAGAUUGGACCCUCCCGGGAUUCAAGCCAGAGGGAAAAGGGCUGGCAAGGGGGUCCCCGCCCUCGUGUCUCCAGAACAGUAGGAGGACUUGCAUCCAAGGGCAGUCAAAGGCCAUCUCCCUAUUGCACAGAGAAGAAGAUGAAGUCCCUGGCCUAGGAAUGCCCCUGGGGAACUGAGGGCUGACCACCACCACCCCACUCCCCAAGCCCUGGCUUGCUGAGGUUACUGUGUGUGCAGAAGAGACCCUGGCAGGUUUGUGUAGGGGGUGCUAGAGAACCAGAUGUUAAAAUAAAUGCUGAGACUGGCUAAGGCAGAAGACUGGGAGGCUGGGGAGCUGGUUCCUUCUUCUGGAAUCCCAGCUAUUCUUGGCCAGACAGCAGGAGCCUUGGGAAUGCUGCGUGUGUGGCCAUUGUGAGCACAAGGCUUCCCCCCACCUGCAGAGCAGCAGUUGUGAAGGCUGCAUCCCCAGCCUGCGGCAUUGCCCACCCCCAGGGAAACCCCCCAUGCAUGUGGUUCUCCCUCUGGCCUGGGGGACAGAAGGGGAGGCAAGGACAUUUAGCUUUUUGAGGAAAGGAAGGCCCCCUCUUUACAUCACAACCCCACAAGCACAGCUGGUUGGUCCUGGCUUGGAUGGAAGAGCACAGUCCUGGUCUCCCCCACCUGGUGCCAUCUGCUCUCCCUGGAAAGACGAAAGAACCAUUCCAAGGAAGGCUGCUUCUCGUCUCUAGGCGCACCAGCUAGAGGCGCCUCUUUAUUCCAGCCCCAGACAAACAGCCACGACCCGGGAGGCCUGCAUCAGUCUUCCUCCUGUGUUCUGACCCCACAAAGAGCCUCUGAGGUUGGAGACACCACGCCCUCACCCCCAUCCAAGCUUCCUCAUGAAAUAGGACACAAGUCUCCAAGAACGGAACCAGGAGAUCCUCAGAAGGGAACCAACCUCUCUGUUGAGUUUUGCAUCCGCC